GUGGUAGUUAUAAAUGAUGAUGAACAACCCAAUGAUGAAGUUGUAGAACAACCAAUUAGUGAUAGUGAGGAAGAAUUUCAUGGACAUGACAGACAGAAUGAAAAAUUAUACCUGUCAAUUUCAUAAACUCUCAGUGGGAAAACACCAUUUUAUUUUUGAUGACCAAGAGCACUGCAAAAAAGAAAGUCAUCAAAGACAUCACAUAUUUGAUGAAAACUAUGCAAAUGUUAUUAGGAGAAAACAUUCUUAUGGUGUCAAUUACUUCAAGCCUAAAACUAUAGAACAACUGUGUUUUCGUUUACAAAAGCAUUUCCUGUUUCAAAUGCUGGACCCAAAGUAUCCAGCAACAGGACUAAGAAUCCACAUGAUGAUGUGUGUACAGACAAAUUCAUGUCUGUACAAGUUAUUCUGCAGAAACCAAACACUAUCACUCAAUUACUCGGCUUAUCUGCUUUUGAAUGAAGCUUUGGCCUUCAUCGUAGCCUGUUACAAGAAUAUAACCUACUUAGAGGCCGAUGAAGGCUGCAGAGAGACAGAAGUGGAAAUUGGGGAUUUGAUCCGUAAAACAAGAAAAAAUUGUGUUUGAAUAUUGACAUUUCAGUGACAGUGUUUGUAUCUGAAGGGCUUCUAUUUCAAUAAUUAUGUUUACUUUGAACUUAGAAUUUUACAUUUAUCUUCUUAGUAUCUAUUUUUCACUGAUGAUAAAUGCUCUUAUUCAUUGCUUUUAUUUUCCCCCAUUUAGUUGCGGGCAUUUAGAUUUACCCUUGUCCGUCCGGCCGUUCUCUUUUGUGUCGCACGUACCUCAAAAAGUAUUUAACCUAGAGUCAUGAAAUUUUUACAGGCCCUUGACUUAAUAAAAUUUUGCAAUUUUCAACUUGUGUCACAUGUAACUCAAAAAAUAUUUGACCUAGAGUCAUGAAACUUUACAGGAAUGUUGAUCAGCAUGUGUAGUUGUGCACCUUGGUAUUUUCGUCUGGAUUUUUUUUAGUAUUUUUAGAGUUAUUGCCCUUGACUUAGUAAAAAAAUUUCAAUUUUCAACUUGUGUUGCAUGUAAAUCAAAAAGUAUUUGACCAAGAGUCAUGAAACUUUACAGGAAUGUUGAUCACCAUGUGUAGUUGUGCACCCGGUUGUUUUCGUCUGGAUUUAUUUAGUACUUUUAGAGUUAUUGCCCUUGACUUAGAAAUUUUUUGCAAUUUUCAGCUUAUGUCGCAUGUAUCUCAAAAAGGAUUUGACCUUGAGUCAUUAAACCUUACGGGAAGGUUGCUCAGCAUAUUAAGUUUUGCACCUGGGGUUUGGCUUUUUAGAUUUAUCCACUUUUUGAAGAGUUAUUUCCCUUGACUUAGUAAAAACCGUUUCAUUAUGUUAUCUGUUCCUUGAGUGCUUGAGUUAGAAUCAACCAACUUUACAGGAAUAAUGAUCAACAUCACUAAAUUACAGGAAUAAUGAUUCACAUCACUGUGAAGCUAUGCACCUGGGACUUUGCAUGUGGAUUUUUUUCAGUUUUGUUAUAGUUAUUGCCCUUGAGUUACAGUAGUAUAAAUUUGCAAUUUUCAACUUGUUCAUGCAUAGCUCAAAAAGUGUUUCACUUGAAGGCCUGAAAGUUUACAAGAAUGUUGGUCAGCAUGUGUACUUAUGCACCUUGGGGUUUGCUUGUGGAUUAAUUCAGUAUUUGUAAAGUUCUUGCCCUUUACUUAGUAAAAGAUUUUUAGUUUUCAAAAAAUAUUUGACCUAGAGUCAUUAGAUUGACAGAACAGUGGCGCGGUGGGGGCACCAGUGUCCUAUGGACACAUUUCUAGUUUAUUAUAAGGUUUAUAACUCUUUCAUCUAUAUUUUAGGAGGUAUCUCCUCUUAAAACUUAGAAUUUUGUUUGAAAAAAGUGUAUAAGAACUUCAUAUUAUUGUCUUUCCAUUUCAACACUAUAAUUUCUUUUGAUAUUUUAUGGUUCAUAAAGUCAUACAUGCUAUGUUGUGUAAAAAUGUUGGAUCUUCAAAAUGUAUAAUCCAGUAAAAAGUCUGUUGGACUGUUAUGAUUUUGGAACAACACAUCUUGUGUUGAUUCAGCUAAAUUUCAUCUAAUUUUUAUAGCUUGGCUAGAUACUUAGCGAAACUGGUUCCAACGAUUUCAGGAAUGUGGAACAUUAAGGCUAUAUAUAAAAGCAAUUUAAAACAGAGUUUAGAUUUGGACCAUAUUUACAUAUAUUGCCAUUCAAGUUAAGAAAUGCUUUAUCAAAACUAAGAUUAUUUUCACACAAACUGGCUUUUGAUACUGUAGGCUAUUCUAGAAACAGAGUGGAAAGAAAUGAGUGUUAUUGUAUUUUUUGUCAAAACAGAGAUAUUGGAGAUGAAUAACAUUUCGAUAUAUAAUGUAUGUUGUACGAACAUUUUAGAAAACAAUAUAUUAAAGCCUUUUAUUAUAGGAGAGCAACUGUUACAAAGUUUACAGAUUUUUUUAAGAGUGAACAUCAAGCUUUUAUACUUAGGAAGUCUUUGCUUUGUUAAAUUUGCCAAUAUGGAAUUUUAUGGAUUUUGUGUAGGGUAUUGAUAUGUAUGUAAACAUCUUAUUCAUCCUCCACAAACAACAUGUUGACCAUGUAAAUUGUGUUUACUGUUUGUUAAAUCACAUGUUAAAAUUAUGUUGUAUAGGUAUAUGCAAAUGUAUGACCAAAAACUGUACUGUUUACAUCAAUUAAAUUGUCUAUCUAUCUUUCAAUACAUCCAUCCAUCAUUAAUAUCAUAAAUGCAUUGCGCAAUAACAGUAAUUGAGUUUUAUUAAUUUUGGCUUGGACAGUUUUGAUCAGAUCACAGAGUAAAUUUGAAUUAUUAAUUAAAAUCAUGAGGUGAAAGAGUGCAAACUUCUAGGAUGAUAACCUCACAAUUAACUGUUAUGUAUCCUAAUUUUAUCCAAGCUACAACACAAAAAUAAAUCAGAAAUAUCAUCUUGAAUCUUCAGUGUUUUAUCCUUCACCUUUUGCGUUAAUGCCCUUUGAUUUGUUGUAUUAUGUCAUGGUAGGAAAUGGAUCAAUUUUUUUUUUAUAGACAGGGGAUUUGGCAGAUUUUGACUGCUUCUUGUUUAACUUAUAUGUAUUAAUUUGUUACAAUUGUUUUGAUGUGUAAUAAAUAAGACAUGCAAGUUAAUCUGAAUCAUGUGAAGCAUUCACUGCAAUUUGUCUGUUAUAGUGAAAAAUGUUAUAAAUGUAUAAAGACCUUAAGUUUCUGAUUCUUAGGAUUCUUAGGAUUUCACUUAUUUCCUUGAAAUGUAUUUUACUUUACAUGUAUUUUAUUGUGUGAUGUUAAAAAAAUGAAUAAUAACUGUAAAUUUACUGAUUUAUAUAAUUCCAAACAUUUCUGUGAAAUGUACUCAUAUGUUUUAAAAGGAUAUAUAGGCAAUUUUUCAUGUCCCCUUGAAGAGAUAUUGUUUUGCUAAUGUCUGUCGUUCUGUCCAUCGGUAGACCAUAUGGUUUUCGCUGAUUAUAUUAUAAAGUAUUGAUCACAAAGUCUUCAUAUUUCAUUAACUACAAGAUAACCCCUAUUGAUUAAGGGGUCACUAGGUCACAGGUACCUUAAUUGUCAGAAUGGUUUCCAUUCAUUAUCUUGAAAACUUUUUAUGGCAAACUCUUCAUUAUUUUUCUUUUUAUCACAACUGAACACUUCCAUGUACCCUUUUAUGGCAAGUUUCUAUAACAGAAUAUACCAAUAAUGUGAGUUAAGGGCUAGAAAGGUGGGGGGCAUAUGUAUCAUUCGACAUUUCUUGUUUAUUUAUUUCUGAAAUUUUCAUCCAAUAUUGUAUUGAUGUCCUCAAAAUGAAUACACUAAGCAGUCACAGGUACCAAAACAUUUCUCCUUAUAAAGGAAAAAACAGGCGGUCUGUACUUGACCAGUGUUCAGAAAUUCAUUUUUUUGCGUUAAAUAUCGAAGUGAACUUUGGGACCAUAAAAGUAUCCAUAUUAUGUAACGACUUAGACUUGUUCCACACUUGUAAUAUUUGCCAUGUUUGUUUUUGUAGGGCUUGUUACAUGAUGUUCCACACUUGUACUUUUUGCCAUGCUUGUUUUUGUAGCGCUUGUUACAUGAUGUGUUUAAAAGUUACUCUGUGAUAACAUCUGCAUUUUAGUUUCGUUUAACAUAUGUUCAUUUAUUACACUUCAAGAUUUUUUCUGCCUUUUUGAUUGGAUAUUGAUCACCCUAAAGAAAUUGAUAUUACCGAGCCAGACGGGUAAUAUACGCACUAAAUUUCCCCAUGGGGUACCCCACGUUGUAAACAACAUGGGCUGUGGCGAUGCGCGUACAUUUUGAUUUUACACGAUGUUAAUUCCGAUUUACAAGCAGUUUUUAACUGUCAAAUGAUAAAUAUUUACCAAAAUAGAGUAAUGAUACAUAUUCUCAUCACUAUUGAAAACAAAUAUGACCUUGUGAAAGCUUGAUAUUAAUUCCAAAAAAAUGCGUUCAACAUACUACUCUUUUUCUCUUGUUUCGAAAGAAAGUUAGUCAUGUAUUUAUGUGACGUCACGUUGUGGUGAAGGGGUACCCUAAAGGGAAUCUUAUUUCGACGUUUCAUUUGAAGUAGCAAUGAUUUAUUUUAAAAUCGUCUGAACUCGGCAGGGGGAGGGUAAUAAAAUUAUUAGUUUGGUUUUGGAGUGAUAUAUAUGUGGAUAUAUUACCUGCAAAGAUAAAAAACCUUGCCUAAUGGCUUUGGU